AUGAAUCCAACCAGUGCAUCGGGAGGAAUCAGGUUCAUGGCCACAAUGAGGUUCUCUUUCAGGGAUUCGAGUCCCUCGACGUCCAAACAAAGAUCCACCACGAACACAAACACGUACGGCUGCUGGGUCGCCGGCGGCGGCAAGAUGUACUCGAUGUUUUCAGCCUCGGGACGGGUCUGGAAAGGCAUUUCCACCAGCUGGGGGUGGAACUGGUUGCGGGUCUUGCAAAUCGGACACGACCAGGUUCGCGUAUUGAGAUCUGGCUGGCAGUACGGGUUGAGGAUGGCCUUGCACGCGCGACAAACUGUUGGGGGUCCUUCCAACAACAAGGGAGUGUCUGUUGGUCUUAAGGGCUGGUACAGGCACGAGAACGGCACGACGUAG